AUGCUUCUGGAAAUGAAGAUCGUCGGUGUCACAUCAGUAGGGUCUUUGUUGGCUGUGAUUGCUAGUGUUACGGUUUUACCUUCUUUGUACAGCGAAAUUAACGAACUGCAUGGGCAGGUUCUCGAAGCAGUCGCAGCAUUUCGAACAGAAACGAACUUGGCAUGGAGUGAAAUGAUGGAUGUGCGAUUAAUUGUCUCUUCUUCAUCCGAUCCGCAUAAAAAUCCGUUUAAUUCGUUUUUUCGUCAAAGCAGGCAAGCAGGCUUACCACCUUGGUGUAAAUGCGAACCUGAUCUCAUUGUUUGCCCUCCCGGUCUUCCCGGUCCACCAGGGCCGCCCGGGCAGCCAGGUAAAUCUUUUCAAACCUACUUUAUUGCAAAAAGAAAUGUACCCGUUUAG